AUGGAUACUCCGCCACUGGGGAUAGGCCAGUCAUCGCCAAUCACGACGUCAGCAACCACUCUUACUUGCUCGUAUCCGGGCUUGAGCUUCAUCACGGUCAACGAUCCCAGCCAAUCCAAACUUCCCGACCAGAGAAAGGCAGUCCGAUCCCAUGCUGCGUUCUACCAGCACCACAAUGAUAGGAAAACUCAACAGGCACACGGGACACAAGUAUGCGAAUCCACGCACGUAUCUGUUGGCCAGCGGAAGCGCUCCCGGAGACGCAAACACAACGUCGCCGUCCCUCUUGAAACAGGUAUAUUGAGCCUUGCUCAAGAAGCUCAAGAACAUCAAUCUGACGAGAAGCAAUCCAAGUCUUCCGACCAAUGGCUCAGAUUCAUCGCAAUUAACCUACCUUUUUCUCCGUGCAGCAUGCUCGGUGAAGGCCGAGUUGAUCCAUUCAAAACAUAUCCUGUGCCGUGGGAGCCUUUUCUCCCCCUGUUAGUAGACCACUAUGUUGUUCACGUGGCUCAGGACAUGCCAGAGCUAGAUGAGCCGCAAAAGCCUGGCCUCCUCAGAACGCGAUGGUUUCCAUUCGUGUUGAGCGAAGCCGCGACGUUCCAAGUUAUCAUGUUACUCGCAGCAUCUCACUAUGCUUCGCUUCGGGAGCACAGCGGAGACGGGCCCAAACUCUUGCUCCUCAAAUCCAAGGCGAUAUCUUCGAUCAACAAGGCUCUUGACGUUAUUGAUAGUUCCACAAGCGAUCAGCUGAUCGGAGCCGUUGCAAAAAUGGCAAGCUACGAGGCCAUAUAUGGCGAUCAAUCGGCAUUUGAAAUGCAUAUGACAGGCCUGCUAAAAAUGGUUCAACUUCGAGGGGGGCUGUCUUCGUUGGGUCUCGGUGGCUUAUUGGCAAGGAUUUGCAUCUGGAUUGACCGCAAUUCUGCCUUCAUUCAUAAUUCUCGCAUACACUUCACCUCUGUUCCUGAUGAGCUAUCGGCCCAAGCAAAUCCAAGUGGCUUUCUCGCCGCUUCUUGA